GAGGAAGAGGAGAAGGAGGAAGAGCAGCCGCUGCUUUCUGAGAACAGCUGCUGCUGAACAUAUAAACGGAGCCGGCCGGACCGGUCCAGCACACUUCCAGAACCUCCAGAACCAUGAAGAUCCAGCUGAGCCUCUGCCUCCUGGCUCUCCUCUGCUCCCUGUGGUCCAGCUCUGCAGCUCCAGUCGGUCCGGGCGUGAUAUCUGGUGCCUGUUGCCAAGGCAACAGCAACACGACGAUUCCCAGAGGGAAAGUGAAGGAGCUGCAGAACUCUCCGAUUCACUGCAAAGUCAAAUCUGUCAUAAUCACCACUGAGAGCAACAAGAAGUUCUGCCUGGAUCCCGCCUGGACCUGGACCCAGACACUGCAGAGAGAGUUUGGGAAAGAAAAACGGCUCCUCUGAGAUCUGGAUCUGGGUCGGAACCGAGUCUUCUGGAGCGGGAAGAACCAUUUAGAUGUUUUAACGACACACUGGACGUGUCGCUGAUAGUUCUCCAUUUUUACUGUUAAUUUAUGAUUUGAAUGAAACUCUGAGUCGUUUUUCAGUUUGUCUGAUGGAGAAUGUAACAUUUAGUAACAGUUAUUUUUUAUGACAGCCGACGAGUCAACUUGUUCUCAACUUGAAUUUAAGGUUUUU